AGGAGCCAUUUUACAGCCCGUCCCCUCCUACUGUGGGCCAUCGCCUUCGCCAGCCAGCUUCUCUAGCGAGGAAACAGAAGGAACGGCUUCCCUGAGCCCUCCUCACGCUGCUCCUCUGCUUUUCCCCAGAGCCUUGUCCUCGGUGGUGGCCUUGGGGGCAAACAUCAUCUGCAACAAGAUCCCAGGCCUGGCCCCCCGGCAACGAGCCAUUUGCCAGAGCCGCCCUGAUGCCAUCAUAGUCAUUGGAGAAGGGGCCCAGAUGGGAAUCAAUGAAUGUCAGUACCAGUUCCGGUAUGGCCGGUGGAACUGCUCGGCACUGGGAGAGAAGACCGUCUUCGGUCAAGAGCUUCGAGUAGGGAGCAGAGAAGCCGCCUUCACCUACGCCAUCACUGCCGCUGGUGUUGCCCACGCAAUCACGGCAGCCUGCAGCCAGGGAAACCUCAGCAGCUGUGGUUGCGACCGAGAGAAACAAGGUUACUACAACCAGGAGGAAGGGUGGAAGUGGGGAGGCUGCUCUGCUGACAUCCGAUAUGGCAUUGACUUCUCCAGGAGGUUUGUCGACGCCAGAGAAAUCCGAAAGAGUGCUCGGAGACUGAUGAACCUGCACAACAAUGAAGCUGGCAGAAAGGUGCUGGAAGGACGGAUGAAACUGGAGUGCAAAUGCCACGGCGUUUCUGGUUCCUGCACCACCAAGACCUGUUGGACUACACUACCCAAGUUCCGAGAGAUCGGAUAUAUUUUGAAAGAGAAAUACAACGCUGCCGUGCAAGUGGAAGUGGUCCGGGCCAGCCGACUUCGGCAACCGACCUUCCUGAAGAUCAAGCAGAUCAGAAGCUACCAGAAGCCGAUGGAGACCGACUUGGUCUACAUCGACAAGUCACCCAAUUACUGUGAAGAGGAUGCUUCCACGGGGAGCGUGGGGACCCAGGGGCGGCUCUGCAACCGCACCUCCCUCGGGGCGGACGGCUGCGGCAUGAUGUGCUGCGGAAGGGGCUACAACACCCACCAGUACACCAAGGUGUGGCAGUGCAACUGCAAGUUCCACUGGUGUUGCUUUGUGAAAUGCAACACCUGCAGUGAACGGACAGAAGUGUUCACUUGCAAGUGA